AGAUAUAAAUGAACUGAUUUCAGCAGAGAGAGAAAAAAGAGCUUCUAGGAAAAGUGGAGCUCUUUAACAUGUACUCAAACAAAGUUGAGGGGCCACGCAGAGGAAGAUCCUUUGACUCCAUGAACAUAGGCUUUGAGGAAAAACUGCUGAACAAUGAGAUAAACAAAUCAACCUUCACAAAGAUUGAAGAAAACACAGAGAAGAAGAACACGCCAGAGAAAGGAAGAGCAACUGUUAUCUUUUCCCUCAAGAAUGAAGUGGGAGGACUGGUGAAGGCGCUCAAACUCUUCCAAGAAAACCAUGUCAACCUUGUCCACAUCGAGUCCAGAAAAUCCAAAAGACGCAACUCCGAGUUUGAAAUCUUUGUGGACUGUGACAGCGACCACGAACAACUGAAGGAGAUCAUCCAGCUGCUGCGGAAGCAUGUGAACGUGGUGGAAAUGGACCCUCCAGAUAACUCCUGCCUACUCGAGGAAGGUGAGGCGGCAUCUCCACAUCUCCAAAUGUUGUGUUUGAAACAGAAUAUUUACAGUUGCAAUCGUUUUUUUAUAUUGUUUUCAGAUAUGUAUGACGUACCUUGGUUUCCAAAGAAAAUUUCCGACUUGGACAAAUGUGCCAACCGUGUCCUGAUGUACGGCUCUGAGCUGGACGCUGACCAUCCAGGUUUCAAGGACAAUGUUUACCGGAAAAGGCGAAAGUAUUUUGCGGAUCUUGCCAUGGCAUACAAACAUGGAGAUCCCAUCCCUCGCAUCGAGUUCACAGAGGAGGAAGUGAAGACCUGGGGUGUCGUGUACAGGGAGCUCAACAAGUUGUACCCCACCCAUGCCUGUCGGGAGUACUUGAAGAACUUGCCGCUGCUGUCCAAAUACUGUGAAUGUCAGGAGGACAACAUCCCGCAGCUUGAAGACGUCUCUCGCUUCCUCAAAGAACGAUCCGGAUUCACCAUCAGACCUGUGGCGGGUUACCUGUCUCCUCGUGACUUCCUUGCUGGUUUGGCCUUCCGUGUUUUCCACUGUACCCAGUAUGUCCGGCACAGCUCCGACCCCUUAUACACCCCGGAGCCGGACACGUGCCAUGAACUGCUGGGUCAUGUCCCGCUGCUGGCAGAGCCUAGCUUUGCUCAGUUCUCGCAGGAGAUCGGUCUCGCUUCCCUCGGCGCCUCAGACGACUCGGUCCAGAAACUGGCCACAUGCUAUUUCUUCACGGUGGAGUUUGGGUUAUGCAAACAGGAAGGGCAGCUGCGGGCGUAUGGAGCCGGCCUGCUGUCAUCUAUCAGUGAGCUUAAGCACGCUCUUUCUGGUAAUGCAAGGAUCAUGCCUUUUGACCCAAAAGUCACUUGCAAGCAGGAAUGCAUCAUCACAACAUUUCAGGAUGUCUACUUUGUGUCCGACAGCUUUGAGGAAGCCAAAGUCAAAAUGAGGGAAUUUGCCAAGACCAUCAAGCGUCCCUUCACAGUUCGGUAUAACCCGUACACCCAGAGCGUGGACGUGCUAAAAGACACUCCCAGCAUCAACAGUGUGGUGGAGGAGCUGCGGCACGAGCUCGACAUAGUGGGCGAUGCUCUCAGUCGGCUCAACAAGCAGCUGGGGAUCUGAUUGUCCCACAGUUCUGCUGAAGUUACACUCACCAUGUCACCCGCAGCUUUGCAGUAGAGAUUGUGCAUUGUUGGUUUUUGUGUGUUUUUUUGUCAGUAUAAUGAAUGUACACCACUUUGUGGCUAAAUGCUCUGUCCUCCUCUCUGUUUGGCUUACUCACAUGAUGUAUUUAGGUUUUAAUGUCAGUUUCACAAACCCAAAGAUUUGUUUAAUCUAAGGCACUUUUUUUUGCUUCCGAUGUGUUUGGAUUGUACUGGAUUCUGUAUCAAUGUGGUUUCAUGGUACUUCAGUACACUUUAAUAACACCACCACCUGUUACCAACACUAAAUGACAACACUUCCUGCUUUGUGUAUGAUCUUGUGAUUUGUUCUUCCCUUCUUCCCUUCAGUGAUAAAUGUAUGGUGUUUGUACUCUUUUGUUUGUAUCCUGGUAUUCUUUGUGUGCUGCUGAAGGAAAUUAUGAAAGACAAAACUUUAACUCACCAGUGUUAAAAUGAUGCUUUCAGAAUUGAUUAUGGCAGAUUUGACCAAUGUACGCAGUUUAUUUUACAGUGAUGUUUUGAACUCUUCUUUGAGUGAAUAUAUCUGUAGUGGUCAGUAUAUUAAAACCUUAUUUUUCUACUGUUAAAAAAAUAUAUAGAAAAUGUAACUAUGCUAUCUGUCACACUAAAAUAAUAAAAAAAAACUGAGUUGUA